AUGGUAAAGACAAAACUCUACAGAGAUAUUGAUGUCGGGAAAAUUGCUGUACCAGUUCCUGAUGACUUCACCUGGGAACAGUUCCUGGUGCAGAGCGGAGAGAAGGUUACUCGCUUGGAUGAUCUCCAGGACAUUGAUGAGCUUCAUGUCAUUGAGGGUGCUGCUCCAGCACAGAAGACCAUCCCAGAGCAGAAUGGAGGAGCCCAAGCCUUUGAGGCCAGGACACAAUCAGGUCAUGGUGCGACAACAUCAGGGGAUGGCACAGCAGGGCAGCAGGGCGCUAUGCCCAUGUACCAGAAUACUCUUGCGCAUGGGACAUCGCUGCACAGAGUUGCAGUUGCGGAUGUGAGGGCGUCGGGUCAGGGAUUGGGGGAUGGGGAGGGCGAUGCAGGCGCGAAAUAUGCCAAGCGCUCUUCCGGCAUUCGCCGCUCUUUGCAGCGCUUCUUCCCCAGCUUCUUCCAGCCAGGCCUCCCGGUCACCAAUCGGGAUCUCAAGGAGGAGGGCAGGAAAGGUUCGGAUGUCAGGCCUGCGCGGCGAAGGAAGCGAGGCCGCACAUGCACGCUGCGCAAUGUGGUCACUCUGAUCAUGGUGCUCGGCUUUCUGGCUGUCCUGUCACUGCUGUAUGGCCGUCUUUGGCCCCGCUUGCCCUGA